AUAUUCAUUUCAGAUUUGGUUUCUGUAAUAAUAGACUGAGGCAGAGAAGGUGCAAGAGAAACCCUAGACAAGAUGCCGGCUGGUCAUGGUUUGAGAUCUCGCACCAGAGAUUCCUUCUCUCGCCCAUUCAGGAAGAAGGGUACAAUCGCCCUAGCCACCUACCUCAGAACCUACCACAUCGGCGAUUAUGUUGAUAUCAGGGUUAACGGCGCCGUUCACAAAGGUAUGCCUCACAAGUUCUACCAUGGACGUACCGGCCGUGUCUGGAAUGUCACCAAACGCGCCAUUGGCGUUGAGGUUAACAAACAGGUUAGGAAUAAGAUUCUGAGGAAGAGGAUUCAUGUUCGUGUGGAGCAUGUUAUGCCUUCUAGAUGCACUGAGGAGUUUCGUUUGAGGAAGAUCAACAAUGAUAAACUCAAGGCAGAGGCUAAGGCAAAGGGUGAGGUUAUUAGCACAAAGCGCAAACCUGAGGGGCCUAAGCCUGGUUUCAAGGUUGAAGGAGCUACUUUGGAAACUGUUACUCCAAUUCCUUACGAUGUGGUUAAUGAUUUGAAGGGAGGAUACUAGUCAUUUAUUUUCUUUCGAAUGUUUUUGGAUGGUCAUUUUAUUUUCUUUCGAAUGUAUUUGGAUGGUCUUGUUUUGUUUGAUAGUUUAUCAUCUUUAAUUUGUUGUCUAGACAGACCUAUAAUUUAUGCAAAAAUCAGACUCAGUUUUGGUGUUUA